AUGUCUCAUGAUAAAGUAUCACCACAAACCUCUUCAAAAGGAAAACGAGCCCUUCACGUGACCAAAAAUUAUGAAUUGCCUAUGACCCGUUUAUUAGACGGAGAGCACCUUGUAGAAUGGAGAGUUAAAAGGGAGGC